AUAUAAAAAUCAUUUGGAGCGCGAUAAACGCGCAAGAGUAGCCACACUCUCUUUAUUCUCCUCUGAUCCUCGGAUCAUAUAUAUAUUUUCUACCCACAUCACUCCACUCCUCGAUCACUACUAUAUAGCUAAGUCCAAGAAUAUAUAAAUAUACACACGCACACGUCAUAGCAAUUAAGCAUCCCGACAUGUAAGUCUCCGACUAUGUCGGCCACCAACAGCGGCGGUGAUAUCCCGGUGCCGGCCGCCUACUUCUCGAUGCCUCUCGAGACAUCUCCCGCCACCGACCACCCGGAUAUCUCCGACCGAGCCCUCACCGCGCUGCAGAGCCACCGCGAGGCCGAGCGGCGCCGGAGGGAGCGCAUCAAGUCGCACCUCGACCGCCUGCGAACCGUCCUCGCCUGCGACCCGAAGGUCGACAAAGCUUCUUUGCUGGCGAAGGCAGUGGAGCGAGUGAGAGAGCUGAAGACUCGCACCGCCGACAUCCCUGGCUCGGCCCGUCUGUUGAUGCCCACCGAGACCGACGAGGUUAUCGUCCUCCCCACCGCCACCGCCAACCCCACCGCCUCCGUGUUUGAGGCUUCUGUGUGCUGCAAUGACCGAUCCGAUCUCUAUUCGGAGCUCGUCGCGACGCUCCGGUCGCUCCGGCUGAAAACUCUUCGGGCGGAGAUCGCGACUGUCGGCGGCAGGGUCCGUAGCGUGCUUGUUCUCUCCAGAGAGGCCGGCGAUGACGAAGAAGAAGAAGAAGAGAAUAGACAUGUUGAUGGAGAGGAGGAGGAGGAGGAGGAGGAGGAGGAUCGCGACGUCGAAUGUGGCAAAGGUGGCGGUGGCGACUUCUUGAGAGAUGCUCUAAGGGGUCUAGUGCACCGACCGGCGCCCGCGGCCGACCGGUCGAAACGGCGGAGAGUGGUGGACAGGAGAUCGACAUGAGUUUGUGCUUACAACGUGCCUUUAAUUUCACUUGUCAAGAGUUAAUUUGUGCAUGGAUCGCUAGAGUAUGAAUGUCGUGCUGUUUGAUAAAGUGUUCAUCAUCGUCCCAGUUUGGAGAACCAGUAACGACUCUAUAUUGUUGUUAAAGCUCUCAGUACAAUUUUUCUAUGUUA